AUGGGGUGCAGUGUGCUGCUGAGCAUUGGCCACCAGAUGCUGCGUCGCAAGGUGGUGGACUGCAGCCGUGAGGACAGCCGGCUGUCGCGCUGCCUCAACACCUUCGACCUGGUGGCCCUGGGUGUGGGCAGCACGCUGGGCGCCGGCGUCUACGUCCUGGCUGGGGCAGUGGCCCGCGAGAACGCCGGCCCCGCCAUCGUCAUCUCCUUCCUCAUCGCCGCGCUGGCCUCGGUGCUGGCCGGCCUGUGCUACGGCGAGUUUGGCGCCCGGGUCCCCAAGACGGGCUCGGCCUACCUCUACAGCUACGUCACCGUGGGCGAGCUCUGGGCCUUCAUUACGGGCUGGAACUUAAUCCUGUCCUACAUCAUUGGUACGUCGAGUGUGGCGAGGGCCUGGAGUGCGACGUUUGAUGAGCUGAUAGGCAGACCCAUCGGGGAGUUCUCACGGACACACAUGUCCCUGCAUGCUCCUGGGGUGCUGGCCAAAAACCCUGACAUAUUUGCUGUGAUUGUCAUCCUCAUUUUAACAGGGCUUUUAACGUUGGGGGUGAAAGAGUCUGCCAUGGUCAACAAGGUAUUCACGUGUAUCAACGUUCUGGUUCUGGGUUUCAUCGUGGUGUCAGGGUUUGUGAAGGGCUCCAUCGAAAACUGGCAGCUGUCGGAGAAGGAUUUCCAGAACACAUCCUGUUAUCUCUGUAUGAACAACACGAAAGUCGAGAAUCCUGGCGUUGGCGGCUUCUUGCCUUUUGGCUUCUCUGGCGUGCUGUCGGGGGCCGCGACCUGCUUCUAUGCUUUUGUGGGCUUUGAUUGCAUCGCCACCACAGGUGAAGAAGUGAAGAACCCCCAGAAGGCCAUCCCGGUGGGCAUCGUGGCCUCUCUCCUCAUCUGCUUCGUUGCCUACUUUGGGGUGUCUGCUGCCCUCACGCUCAUGAUGCCCUACUUCUGCCUGGACACGGAGAGUCCCCUGCCGGACGCCUACAAGCACGUGGGCUGGGAAGGCGCCAAGUACGCCGUGGCCGUCGGCUCCCUCUGUGCUCUGUCGACCAGUCUUUUAGGGUCCAUGUUUCCCAUGCCUCGAGUUAUUUAUGCCAUGGCCGAAGAUGGGCUGCUAUUUAAAUUUUUGGCGAAAAUCAACAACCGGACCAAAACACCAAUCAUAGCUACGAUAACCUCAGGUGCCAUUGCCGCUGUGAUGGCCUUUCUCUUUGACCUGAAGGACUUGGUGGACCUCAUGUCCAUUGGGACUCUGCUGGCUUACUCUUUGGUGGCUGCCUGUGUGUUGGUCUUACGGUACCAGCCGGAGCAGCCCAACGUGGUGUACCAGAUGGCCAAGACCAGUGACGAGCUGGACCAGGCGGAUCAGAACGAGCUCGUGAGCACCAGCGACUCCCAGACGGGCUUUCUACCGGAAGCAGGGUUUUCUUUGAAAACCAUACUGUUCCCCAAAAACACGGAGCCUUCCAAACUCUCCGGGCUAAUUGUGAACAUUUCGACCAGCUUCAUAGCCAUCCUCAUCGUCACCUUCUGCAUGGUGACGGUGCUGGGGAAAGAGGCCCUCGCGGCCGGCACACUGUGGUCGGCCUUCCUGCUCAUGGCGUCUGCGGUCCUUUGCUUGGUGGUCACCGUCGUCAUCUGGAGGCAGCCCGAGAGCAAGACCAAGCUCUCGUUCAAGGUGCCCUUCCUGCCGGUGCUCCCCGUCCUGAGCAUCUUCGUCAACGUGUACCUCAUGAUGCAGCUGGACCAGGGCACGUGGGUGCGCUUCGCCCUGUGGAUGCUGCUGGGCUUUAUCAUCUACUUUGGCUACGGCCUGUGGCACAGCGAGGAGGCGUCCCUGGCCAAAGGCCAGGCGAAGACUCCUGAUGACAACCUGGACCACUGCAAGUGA